UGCACUGAUGUCUGACGCUGUCAGAGGGUCCAGUGGCCACAUUUGAGAGGGACGCAUGCACGAGUAGGUUGUCCUCAACGAAGCAUAGACAGAACAAACUAAUGUAACUCCUCCUAGGGUCAAACGAGUAGCAGUCCUAUUCCUUCUCAUCACAGUUUGUAAUUCUGGAUAUGCCGCACGUCCGGUGCAGUACAGGAAAGGGUCUGAUUCACACACUUCUCAUAGGAACUCCCCGUUUCCUCAGCUCUUACAUUCUACCAAAAUGAAGCAUUCGUCAAAUUCUUUAAUUAAAUGAAUGAAGAAAAGUCCUGUCCCAAUGGAAUACUGACAAUAUCCUGGCUUGGUGUUGACUGUUGAAAUAUGCUCCCACGUGAGAUUAAGACAGGAAAACAACACAGUUACACAGAUGGCCUAAAUUGAUAAACAAAAGUACAGUCUUUAUCCUAACCUGUUAUACGACUGCUCCAAGAUGGCAAACCCCAGCUCACUCUUGGUCACUGAUGGGACAGUGCAGAGGCAGGCUGAAGAGGAUCGAUAUAUCCUCUAUGGCGUGGCUGAAGUGGAUGCGUGUGAGUUGGGGUUCCCUAGGAAGUAUGACCUCAUCCCAUCCAUCGUCUGCUCAGUAUGCUUUCUGUUCGGCCUCAUCUACUGCUUUUUUGGAUACCGCUGCUUUAAGAUGGUCAUGUUUCUGUCAGGCUUCAUGUUUGGGUCUGCACUAGUCAGCAUGUUGUACCACAAGGAGCCUGUGCUGGACACCCAAUUGACUACAGAGACCAAAGCAGGCAUCCUCCUGGGACUGGCUGUGCUCUGUGGCCUGGUGACUAUGCUGGUACAGACUGUGGGGUUCAUCAUUACUGGCCUACAUCUGGGGAGUCUGCUCACCCUUGCCAACCUACUGGUUGUCGGACAGUUUUACAGACUUACCCCCCUAUGGGCGCCUCUCAGUGCCCUCCUGGCCACGAGCACCUUUUGUGCCAUUCUCACACUGCAGUGGCAGAAACUAUUCACUGUGCUCUCCACGGCUGCAGUCGGUGCCGCUGUGGUGAUGGCGUGUGUGGACUUCUUCGUAGAGACGUCGCUGCUGGCUGGCCAUGCGUACGACAUCCUGUCUCAGGUUCCCCCUCGUUCCCUCUGCUGGUACAGCUGGGUUAUAACAGGCGUAUGUCCUCUAUUCAGUCUGAUGGGAGUGCUGGUGCAAUGGAUGCUCACUGCCAAAGGAGUGUCCCACAGAGAAAUACCUGUCAGUGGCCGACAAAGACAGGUCCAACUGAUGCGAAUCAGACAGAGAGAUGCCCAGAGACGACCCCAGCAGGGCACUUACCGCCAUCGCAAGCCUCCAAUCCUAAAGCGCUAUGCUGGGGACGUCCUGGCCCCAAGUUACAUCCAGAGCCUUCGUGACCGCCAGAUGGGUACAGUCUCCUCUACCAGUAGCAUCAUCAGCAACAGCACAGUCAACCACACCAUGAUUGACUUUGAGACAGGCUCUAUGGUGCCCCUGACUGCCUCCUCCCUAGACCCUAUAUACUGAGGGACGACCACCAAAUACUAGGCAUCCCCUCCCAGUUCCACUUAGGUGCCCAAUAUCUCUCUCUAGAAGACCAUUCAUAGACUGUUUUUUGAGACGACAGAAUGAUUAUUGAGACAAAAUUCAAAAGACUAAAUCAAUCUGUUGUUUUGUUUAUUAUUGACAGUCUUAAGGUAUCAGACAGUCAAUCGUAAUAUAACACAUUGAUCCUUCUUCCAAUAAGUCAAAUAGCUUAAUUUUAGUCAGUUUGCUAAUAUACAUUUUUGUGAAGACAUCCAUUGUUAGUUUUAUGCAGUGUACAAGGGGGGAAUUAUACAUUUAGGGAUUUACAUACAUUUUACAUACUUUACACAAGAGAUAGAGUACAUAAAACAUGUUUGUAACUCUUGUCUUAUCAAAAUAAAUCAAAUCCUUAAAUGUUACUAUAUUUCACCUCAGCGUGUUAGGUGAUUCGUUGGCUAGGCUAUACGGUAUGAAAGUCCUGCCUACUUCCUGGAUUGUGUCACACUGUUUUUGAAUGGCCUUCAAGAUUAUAUCAUUUAAUUUAUGAAAACGGUAAAUUAAAAUAAAUGUCAUAUUAUAUUCGUAUUCGUGGAUUUACUUCUACAGGGAAAUUAAUCUAUGAAUAUAAUUGUACAUAUACAGUUGAAGUCAGAAGUUUACAUACACUUAGGUUGGAAUCAUUAAAACUCGUUUUUCAACCACUCCACAAAUUUCUUGUUAACAAACUAUAGUUUUGGCAAGUCGGUUAGGACAUCUACUUUGUGCAUGACACAAGUCAUUUUUCCAACAAUUGUUUACAGACUAAUUAUUUAACUUAUAACUCAAUGAUCACAAUUCCAGUGGGUCAGAAGUUUACAUACACUAAGUUGACUGUGCCUUUAAACAGCUUGGAAAAUUCCAAAAAAUUAUGUCACGGCUUUAGAAGCUUCUGAUGGGCUAAUUAACAAAAUUUGAGAAAAUUGGAGGUGUACCUGUGGAUGUAUUUCAAGGCCUACCUUCAAACUCAGUGCCUCUUUGCUUGACAUCAUGGGAAAAUCUAAAGAAAUCAGCCAAGACCUCAGAAAUAUAAUUGUAGACCUCCACAAGUCUGGUUCAUUCUUGGGAGCAAUUUCCAAACGCCUGAAGGUACCACGUUCAUCUGUACAAACAAUAGUACACAAGUAUUAACACCAUGGGGCCACGCAGCCGUCAUACCGCUCAGGAAGGAGAUGUGUUCUGUCUCCUAGAGAUGAGCAUACUUUGGUGAGAAAAGUGCAAAUCAAUCUCAGAACAACAGCAAAGGACCUUGUGAAGAUGCUGCAGGAAACAGGUACAAACGUAUCUAUAUCCACAGUAAAACAAGUCCUAUAUCGACAUAACCUGAAAGGCCACUCAGCAAGGAAGAAGCCACUGCUCCAAACCACCAUAAAAAAUCCAGACUACAGUUUGCAACUGCACAUGGGGACAAAGAUCGUACUUUUUGGAGAAGCUUGGUCACAAAUGGGUCUUCCAAAAGGACAAUGACCCCAGGCAUUCUUCCAAAGUUGUGGAACAACAAAGGACAACAAAGUCAAGGUAUUGGAGUGGCCAUCACAAAGCCCUGAUCUCAUCCUAUAGAAAAUGUGUGGGCAGAUCUGACAAUGGGUGUGUGAGCAAGGAGGCCUACAAACCUGACUUGGUUACACCAGCUCUGUCAGGAGGAAUGGGCCAAAAUUCACCCAACUUAUUGUGGGAAGCUUGUGGAAGGCUUCCCAAAACGUUUGACCCAGGUUAAACAAUUUAAAGGCAAUGCUACCAAAUACUAAUUCAAAUCAAGUUUAUUUUAUAUAGCCCUUCGUACAUCAGCUAAUAUCUCGAAGUGCUGUACAGAAACCCAGCCUAAUUGAGUGUAUGUAAACUUCUGACCAACUGGGAAUGUGAUGAAAGAAAUAAAAGCUGAAAUAAAUCAUUCUCUCUACUAUUAUUCUGACAUUUCACAUUCUUAAAGUAAAGUGGUGGUCCUAACUGACCUAAGACAUGGAAUUUCUACUAGGACUAAAUGUCAGGAAUUGUGAAAAACUGAGUUUAAAUGUAUUUGGCUAAGGUGUAUGUAAACUUCCAACUUCAACUGUAUCUUAAACGGCCGCAUUUUCAUGAAUUUGACAAUGUAAUCUUGAAGGCCAUUCAAAAACGGUGGGACAUGAUCCAGGAAGUAGGCGGGACUUUCAUACCGUAGUGAUAUUGGAGUGACAAUUUGGUUCUGGAGGCUGACGUCUUACUUUAGAAAUGGAGAGAAAAGGGCCAGGGCAAACUGCAACGCAUUGUCCGGUCUUAACAGCUUCUUCCCCCAUGCUGUGGCCCUCAUCAACCGGCCAUCGGGCUCAUAGGGAUUAAGUGACUUUGCAUUGCACCGAUUACUACACCUUGUCACCAAUGACCUCAAAUACUAAUCUGCACUAUGUACAACAUUGUAUACAUUUGCCACGGCAUCAUCCCUCGCUCUGCUUAUAUAGAUAUAUCCCCUCUGUAAAUGAUACAUAUCCACUGUAAUCAGCCUAUGCACCAAAGUUUAAUGUUUUAUGUUUACUGCUCCGAUAUUGUAUAUUCUGUAUGAUGUUUAUGUGGACUAGUGUCUGUAUUCUGUUUGUAUAUUGUCUAUCACUGGCAGCACCUUCUCACUAAGGCAAAUGAUUAUAGGUGUGUGUAAAUGUACUUGGUGAAUAAAGGUGAGUUUGAAAUAAAACACCA